UUUUUUUUCGAGAGUAGAAAAUAUAGUCUUCUUAUAUAAGUCAGUAUAGGUAAUCUGCAUUUCAGAAAGCCUGGUUUAUUUUGAUCCCACCGGGUCGAUCUUGUACUCUGAUCGAUCACCAACGUAUAUAUAGAAUUCAAAAUGGCUGGAAUUGGAGAGCUUGCUGCAGGGGGUGCAGUAGGACUAGCAUUUUCUUUGCUGUAUGAAGGCGUUAGCACACUUGUCAUCAAAUCUAAGGAGUUUAAACCCCUUCUCGAAGAGCUCAUAGUCACGUUAGACUACUUAAAACCACUGAUCAAACAGAUAGGAGCUGGUAACAGGGAACUGGAUCACCCAAAUGAAAAGGUAUAUUUUGAGAACCAAAUGGAGAAGGGCAAGAGGCUCAUUGACAAGUUGUCCACAGUUGGUAGUUGGAAUUUGCUCAAGCCUUAUUACAGCAAUAAGCUUGUUGAAUUUGAUAGGUCUCUCAGCAAGAUGUUGCUGAAUCUAAUACCGCAGGGAGUAAGGGAUGGGCAAGAUAUAUUGGUUAUGGUAAGGUCUAUAGAGCACAAGUUGACCCAAAUGGAGCUGCAUGGUCAGGCACAAAAUCAAAAUGCACUUGGUGGUGGUGAAACUAGAGCUACAGCACCUUAUCCACCAUCUUCCCCAAUUGGAUUGGAUAAGCCUUUAAGGGAAUUGAAGUUCAAGCUUCUUAACGAUGAUCGAGUUUCAAUGCUUUCGGUCACUGCUCCUGGAGGGUCUGGAAAAACCACUUUGGCCCAAAUGUUUUGUCAUGAUCAGAAAGUCAAAGAUAAGUUCAGCAACAGGAUCUUCUUUGCAACUGUUUCGAACAAACCCAACUUAGAUUGGCUGCAAACAUCUCUGCAGCAAUUUCUAAAGGAAGUAGAAGAAAAUGAUGCACUGUUGGUCCUGGAUGAUGUAUGGCCUGACUCAUCAGGAGCCCUUCUUGAAGAGUUAUAUCAACUCAGCGAAGGAUCAAGUUGCAAGACUCUAGUCACAUCGAGAUCUUUUCCAAAAUAUGGUUCACAUUAUACUUUAGAUCCAUUGACAAAUGAUGAGGCAAUGACUCUUCUCAAGAAUUCUACAUCCCUGGAUCAUUCCUCUGGUACUUUAGAUGAACUUCUGAAACAGAUAGUAAAGUACUGUAAGAGAUCUCCACUUGCCAUUACGGUGGUUGGAAAAUCACUUGUCAAGGGUAGUAUAGAGAUUUGGAAAGAAAAAGUAAAAGAAUGGUCGAAAAGUCCUUCUAUUCUUGAUGAGUAUGAUAUUUUGCGUCUCCGCCUCCAAACCAGCUUAGAUGUUUUAUGUGAAAAUGAGCCUCUCCUCAAGGAAUGUUUCAUAGACCUUGCUUCAUUUCCUGAAGACGGAAGAAUCCCUGCUGGUGUGCUCAUUGAUAUGUGGUCAGAGCUACAUGGGCUACAUGAAGAUGCUAUGUCUAUUGCAAAACUGCAACACCUCAACAACCAUAAUCUGGCCAAAAUUGUUGUCAUAAGCAAGGAGAACGGGUAUGUGGAUCGCUGCUACAGUGAGCAGUUUGUUACGCAGCAUGAUAUGCUUAGAGAGCUGGCAUUGCAUCAGAUCCGUCAGGACCCGGGAGGAGAGAGCAAAAGACUAAUUAUAGACAUAUGUGGAGGUGUUCUUCCGAAACGCUGGACACAAAAGAAGGAUAAGCUUAAGGAAACUCGCUUGUUAUCUAUAUCAACUGAUGGAGAGUUCUCAUCAAAAUGGGACCACAUGCAUCUACCAAAAGCUGAGGUUCUGAUUCUGAAUUUUCAGACAAAGAACUAUACCUUGCCCAAGUUCAAUAGCAAAAUGUCCAAGGCAUUGAAGGUUCUAAUAGUCAGAAAUAAUGGUUUAUCACCUGCAGAAUUAACUAACUUAGACAUAUUAAGUUCUUUACCUAACCUGAAGAGAGUCAGAUUAGAGCGCAUUUCCAUUUCUUCCAGAAGCUUGACCAAAAACAAGAAGUUGAAAAGUCUGGAGAAGUUAUCUCUGUUCAUGUGCAACAUUGGUCGACCUUCUAGCAACAUGUCCAUCCGAUUUUUUGAGGCAUUGCCAAAUCUAGUGGAGAUAAACAUUUACUAUUGCAAUGAUUUGGAGGAAUUGCCUGCUGAUCUCUGUGGUCUUAAGUACCUGAAGAGGCUUGUUAUCACCAACUGUCAUAACCUAUCUGCCUUGCCUGGAGAGAUUGGAAAGCUGAGCAAGUUAGAAGUCCUAAGGCUACGGUCUUGCACAAUGCUGGAAACUUUACAGGACUCGAUUACGAACUUCAAGAACUUAACCUUUCUCGACAUAUCUGAUUGCUUCAGCAUUAAGGAGUUGCCUGAAGACAUUGGUCAGCUGAGCAAAUUAAAGACGAUCAACAUGAGACAGUGCACCAGAUUGCAGGGGCUACCUACAUCAAUCUGGGAUCUUGAGAAUAUAUUAGAGGAAGUGAUAUGUGAUGAAGAGACAGAAGAGUUAUGGGAACCUUUCAAAAUGAUCAAGGACUUGCGCAUAACAAUGGUCAAAGAAGAAUUCAACCUACGUUGGCUUCAUGGUGAUUGAUCUUGAUCUUGAGCCAUCUCAGUUUGGGGUAAUGUCCUGUUGAGAAUAUGAUCCCACAUGCAAAAAUGAGGAUCUUGCCCAAGAGUUUGUAAGGAUUUGGAUCAACUUCAGUUGGUUUUGGUUGUGAAGUUUCAUCAUUUCUUUUUUGGCAAAAAUAAUCUGGAGUGAUGUUUGCGUGAUGUUUCAUUUUCGAUCUAGUUUGGGAGUUUUCAUAUAAAUGUUCCUGGAAUAGUUAUUUCUUUCUUUUCUGGUGAGAUUUGUAUGGCAAGAGCUAGAAAAUUCAACUCUCGAUGAGAUAAGGAAUGAGCUUUCAACA